CUGCGCAUUUGUAUUUUUGAUAUUUACUUUAUACUUUUACACUCAUAUAUUUUCCAUUGUUGGUUGAUCCAUCGGUACUGUCCUUCCCUGCCAAUGGCCGCUGACACACUCGCUGCUGCUGCUGCUGCUACCCCUACUAAUACUUCUAUUACUGCCAGGGCUGGCUCCAAAGAUGGCAACAAAAAUGCUGUCCACCAUGAAUUCUCAGACUCGCACUUCCAAGCGUUCAAGCGCGACGGCUGCGCUGUCAUCAGCAACUUUCUCGGCGCCGACGAGAUUGCAUCCUUGCGCACACGCAUCAGCACGCUUCUUGACGCGUUCGACCCGACAGACCACCCAAUGACGACGUUUGCCACGGGCACGCGGGACGACCAGCACAUCGGUGACCAGUAUUUUUUUGACUCGAGCGACAAGACGCACUACUUUCUCGAGGAGGAUGCCGUGGCCAAUGGCCAGCUGGUCGUAGACGCCCGCCGGGCCAUCAACAAAAUCGGGCACGGCCUGCACAUCGACGACCCGGCAUUCAACGCACUGACCCAUAGCGAGCGAGUGCGCCACAUCGCGCGCGAGCUGGGAUACGAGGACCCGCGCGUGCUGCAGUCGAUGGUAAUCUGCAAGCAGCCGAAGAUUGGCGGCGCUGUUCCAUUGCACCAGGAUUCAACGUUCCUGUUUACGCGGCCGCUGUCUGCCUGUGGGUUCUGGAUCGCACUUGAAGACUGCACACUGACCAACGGGUGCCUCGAGGUCAUUCCAGGCUCUCAUCUCAGCACACCCAUUACGCGGCGCUUCGUGCGCACACGGCGCCCGUCCUCAGCGACAGACGCAGAAAAGGCAGACACACCCGGUGGCAACAAGAUGGUCGACAUUGAGUCCGUGUUCUCGCUGUUUCCGCCUGUCCGCGACAGCGGCAAAACUGAGCCACCGGCCCCAAACUCUGAUGCUUUGCCAGAAUGUAUCCCGAUUGAGGUCAAAGCCGGGACGCUGGUUCUAAUACAUGGCCAGGUGCUGCACCGGUCAUCGCACAACCAUUCGAACAAAUCCCGGUGGAUCUACACGUUCCACAUUGUUGAUGGCACAUACGACUACGACGAGCGCAACUGGCUCCAGAUGCCGGUGGGCACACAGCUGACAAAGCUGUGAUCUGACGCUCAAUUUCAGGCAUGAUGGCAAACUCAGAUUGACACGAUGACAAACAGAUGUCAUACACGGCGAAAUACGCACUCUUCCUCUGAGCUUUUUUUGGUUUCCCUUUGUUUCCCUUGCCCUUUAAAAGGGCGCACAUAUGUGCGGGUGCGGCGGGGUUUCAAAGGGGAAAACAUAUGUUUUAGUAUUCGACUUUGGUCCAUUUUUCUUGAUCAUAUUCAUAUUCAUAUUCAUGUUCAUCUUUUUCUUUUUUAUUUCUAUUAAAUCGAAUUGUAUCAUCUUAGAAAACAC